GGGCGGGACUCGGUGGGUGAAGCGAAGCGCCCUUCUCUCGAUCCUUCCGCGUCGGGCCUACCCGUCCUGGAUCACAGGAGGAUAGUGUCAUGUUUAAAAUGGAAGUUGACAUAAAUAGAGAGUCCCGAGCUACUGUAUCCACCCUCCCUGUGCCUCUUGCAGAGGUGAAUCCUGCAGGCAGGAUGGAAGCAGAGAAGCCCCGCUGUUCCAGUACACCCUGCUCACCAAUGCGGAGGACAGUUGCGGGAUAUCAAAUCCUUCAUAUGGAUUCUAAUUACCUGGUUGGCUUCACAACUGGAGAGGAGCUGCUAAAAUUAGCUCAAAAGCAUACAGGAAGUGAAGAGAAUAAAGGGGAAUCUGGGACAAACCUAUGCUCCAAACAGCUUGAUUCAGGACUUCCACGUUCCUCCCGUUUGUACAAAACUAGAAGUAGGUACUACCAGCCAUAUGAGAUCCCAGCAGUAAAUGGAAGGAGGAGGAGACGGAUGCCCAGCUCAGGGGAUAAAUGCACUAAGGCUUUACCAUAUGAACCUUACAAGGCACUUCAUGGUCCCUUGCCUCUUUGCCUUUUAAAAGGUAAAAGAGCUCAUUCAAAAUCCCUGGACUACCUCAAUUUAGACAAAAUGAGCAUUAAGGAACCUGCUGACACGGAAGUGCUUCAGUACCAGCUCCAACACCUUACCCUCAGAGGAGAUCGUAUAUUUGCAAGAAAUAACACAUGAGCUAUCAUCUCAGAUUUGGAACCAGUUUCAGAUUGUUUCUCCGCUGCUGCAAAAAUACACUGUUGUACUGUACAUGCCUGGAUCAUAGAUUGUUGUGUCAGAUAAAUGUCACAAGAAAGUAAUUUACUUGAACAGAAUCUUGACAAUGCAAUGAGUCACAAAUACUUGGAGGGGAGUCUUUCCAGAGCAAGCAGCUUCUGAUGCAAAUUUGACUGUGACUGGUGCAUAUUUCUUUGGACACCUUUUAACAAAAAAAAAGUGAUUUUGGGGAUUUAUGAUACUUACUACUUCCUUUUUUUUUGUAGUUAGAUCUGGUAUUUAUAGUAAUUUAACACUGAAAAAUUGGUGGUGUCUGCUUGAUUAUUGCUAAUUUUGGCU